CAACUCCAUCUACUUUGUUAUCAUGUCGUUCAAAUGGAAAGAUAUAUCCGCAACCAACAACCCAUCCCUCCAAAACACUUUAUAUUUCUUCAAGACAAGAACAAAUCAUACCAAUACAUCAACAUGAUGAAGCUUCACUUCUCCUCACUUUCGCUUCUCUUCAUCUUCUUCUUCGUCUCUGAUCAUCUAAUUACUGCCCACAACUUGAUCCACCAAACUUGCAAAAAAUGUUCACAAAAUGACCCUAACCUCAGCUACACCUUCUGUGUAACUUCUCUUGAGGCAGUUCCAAGUAGUCACUGUGCAAAUCUUCGUCAACUGGGUAUGAUCGCAAUCAACUUAACUCGACGCAAUGUCACUAGCACAAAGUCAUAUAUCAAUGAGCUCUUGAAGAACAAAAAGUUGGAUCCAUUCAUGAAGGCAUGCCUGAACGAUUGUUAUGAACUUUACUCAGAUGCUAUUAUGACCCUCCAACAGGCCUUCAUAGACUACAAAUCUAAGCACUAUGAAGAUGCUAACUUUGAAAUAAGUUCUGUCAUGGAUGCUUCCACCACGUGUGAAGAUGGGUUUAAGGAACAAGAGGGUGUGGUUUCUCCAUUAACAAAAAGAAAUAACAAUACCUUCCAGUUGCCUGCCAUAGCCCUUUCUAUCAUAAAUAUGCUCCAAUCAUAGAUUUCAUCUUUUUCUUUUGGUUUAUUUAUAUAUUUGGUUCCAUUUCCGUAAUUAUUUAUAAUCAUGAUACUUUCAAAGUUUCA